AUGUUGACCGAGCUGUUAGUUGCAUGCAUGCUCGCAACGGCCGCUGCCCAAUCAGUAGGGCCUCGAAUUCUCGGCGGAACUUCUGCCGCAGCAGGCCAAUACGGCCACACCGUAGUCAUCCGAUUAAACCACAUGUCCAUGUGUGGCGGUUCCAUUUUGAACAACCGAUUCGUCCUCACAGCGGGCCACUGCUUCUACGAUUUUCGGUUAAAUGUAAACUAUAACUGUGUGACGACGUUUUUAGUGUUUCUUUCUAGAGGGAUGCCCGCUUCUAACUUCAGCAUCCAGUACGGCACUACAAAAAACUCCAUAGGCGCUAUGGCUCCCAACGUGAUUUUAGUCAAAAAAGUAAUCAUCCACCCGUACUACCAACCCGAAAACCCGAGAAAGAACGAUCUUUCAAUUCUAGAGCUUCAACAACCGAUUGUGUUUUCUCGGUGGGUGCAACCCGUGGUUUUGCCUGGAGUUUAUGACAGGACCCCCGCAGGUGCGGUGGCGGUGUUAACUGGAUGGGGGCGCACGUCUAAUAUUGGUCGCAUGGUGAUAGACCUACAGGCGGUGGAUAUCCGGGUGUACUCUGACGAGGAUUGCCAAAGAAUCCAUGGUACUGUGAAUAAUGAGAAUCACAUUUGCGCGGGUUCGCCCGAUGAGGGGAAAAUGCAAUGCAAAGGGGAUUCUGGGGGUCCCUUGAUUCUUGGGAAGGUACAAAUCGGGGUGGUGUCGUGGUCGAAGAAACCUUGUGGGCUUCCUGGGUAUCCUGGUGUGUUUGUUAAACUUUCGUCGUACGUGCUGUGGAUAAAGCACGUGAUUGGAGAUGACACAUCAACGAAUCAUUGUGGAAAUCCGCUUUUCCAAGAGUAUGGGUUGGAGAUCGCAGUGUUUGAACAGUCAUUGUCUUGGAGAAAAAACCUCAACUAA